AGUGACGCCGCCGUACCGGGCUCGGUACCGGGCCCGCGCCAUGGAGGCCUGGGUGCGCUUCAGCGCCCAGAGCCAGGCCCGGGAGCGCCUCCUCAGGGCCGCCCAGUACGCCUGUGUGUUGGCCGGGGCUGCGCUGAGCCGCUCCGGGGGCAGCUCCGGGACCCUGAGCCGGCUGCAGCAGCUGGAGGCGCACCUGAGCCUGGGCCGCAAGCUGCUGCGUUUGGGGGGCUCUGCCGAGGCCCUGGGGGGCGCCCAGCGCUCGCUGCACCUCCCCGACCCCGUGCUGCGCUUCUGCCUCACCCUGUCCCACCUGAACCGCGCUCUGUUCCUGGCCUGCGACAACGUCCUGUGGGCCGGGAAAAGCGGCGUCCUGCCCGGCCUGGCCAUGGAGAAAUGGAGCCAGAGGUCCUUCAGGUACUACCUGUUUGCCCUGGUGGUGAACCUGAGCAGGGACGCCUACGAGCUGCGACUGCUGCUGGAGCGCGCCGGGGCCGCCCGCAAGCGCGGCCGCAGCGCCGAGAGCCGCGCCCAGCCCUGCGCCCAGGGCCGGCUGCAGCAGCUCCGGCUGCAGCUGCAGCUCCAGCUGCACCUCCUGCUGCAGGUGCUCAGGGACAACCCGCCCCUGCUGCUGGACCUGCUCAGGAACGCCUGCGACCUGGUGAUCCCCCUGGAGAGGCUGGGGCUGUGCAGGAGCAGCCCGGCGGUGGUGGGGUUCUGUGGGCUCAGCUCGUCGCUGCUCUCCAUCAUCACCAUCCUGCACCCCUGGCUCAAGCUCAAGCCAUGAAUUUCUUGGGGAUUUCGGGGAUUUUUUGGGAUUUUGGGGGGUUUUGGCACCUCUGGACUUGGCUGGUUGGUGCCAUUCCCUUCAUUCCUGACUCUUUGGAGCCACAAAGUUCCAGCAUUGGAUCCCACAAGGGGCAUCAGCUCCCAAAAUGUGUUUUUUUCCUAUUGACUUUUA